AUAAGGAAAUCCUUCUUAGGCUGGCUUUGACUAUAUAAGUGAUGACUGAAAGUUUGAAGACAAACUAGAUCAGAAGAGGAAGAUGGAAGCUCUGAAUAUUCUUCUCUGUCUGCUUCUAACUGCCUUUCAGGCAACCACUAUUGGAUCGUGGACAACAUAUGACCAGCUGGAUUCCACAGAAGACCCUAGAUCUUUCCCCUCCUGCAGGUAUGAUUGUGGAUUCGACCUUGGAAGCUGCUCGUGCAACUACAGCUGUCACUACUAUGGCAACUGUUGCCCUGAUUAUGACAACUACUGCUCAUCACCAACUGAAACUACAGGUACCAGGGACGAAACAACAUUAACAGAAAUAACAGGUCCGUCCUGCAUGUUUAACUGCGGAUACAAUUUCAGCAGCUGUUCAUGCAACCACGACUGUCAGUACUAUAACAACUGUUGCUAUGACUAUCACUGGUAUUGCCCAACAUACACAACAUCAGUUCCUCACCCUGAGUGUGGAGGACACCUGUAUGGUUCUGGGCUGUUUUCCAGUCCAAAUUACCCAAACUAUUAUCAUGACAAUGCCUACUGUGUGUGGUAUCUCUCUGCUCAGCAAGGACAGAGGAUCUUCCUGACAUUUGCUGAUGUGCAAUUGGAGCGCUGCUGUAACUGUGACUACAUCACAGUGUAUGACGGCUCUUCCACUGGUCAUUCACAGCUGGGAAAGGUCUGUUUUAAUGACACCACACACCAGGUGUUUCACUCUUCUUCACGAUACUUGACUGUUGUCUUCAGAAGUGACUACUCUGGUGUCAGCCAUGGUUUCAAGGCUCUUUUCACAAGCUCUCUGACUGAAGAUCAAGGUCGUGUGGAUUGUUCCUCAGACAACAUGGUCAUUGUCAUACAGAGAUCUUACCUGAACUCACUCGGGCUGAGUGCACAUGACCUUUAUGUAGACAACCAUCUUUGCAGACCAACUGUUAGCUUUACUGAAGUUAAGUUUAGCUUCCCUCUUGACACAUGUGGGACGUCCAAAGAGAUGAUGAAUGGUUAUGUGUCCUACACCAACAAUGUGCGGGCCUCUCAGUCUCAAUCAGGUGAAAUCACCCGUCAGUCACAUUUCCUACUACGUGUGGGCUGUCGAAUGGAGCCAGACACAAUGGUGCAGAUAUUCUACAAGACCAGGGAGAACAUCAAUGCCAACAUCACAGGAACGGGCCGCUUCAAUGCCAGCAUAGCCUUCUACACCUCCAGCAGUUUCUACCAGCAGAUUUAUGACUCUCCAUACGAAGUGAACCUGAAUCAACUUCUGUAUGUUCAGGUCAAGCUAAACAGGCCUGACAACAGUCUGGAUCUCUUCCUGGACACCUGUGUAGCGUCUCCAAAUCCCAAUGACUUCAAAGACCGUUCCUAUGACCUGCUGCGUAACGGAUGUCCAAGAGACAACACAUAUUAUUCAUACACCAGUGGUGAAUACUACUACGCUCAGUUCAGUUUCCAGGCUUUCAAGUUCCUCCGGACUCAUGCCUAUGUGUACCUGCAGUGUAAGGUGAUCAUCUGCCCUGAUAACGAUUACAACUCUCGCUGCCGCCAAGGUUGUCACUACCGUCGCAAGAGAUCUCUUGACAGCACCUACCAGACCAAAACUGUUAUGCUGGGGCCAAUCAAACUCAAAGGACUAAGGCGUGAUGUGAAGGAUUCAGAGAAAUCAAAGGAAUGAACUGGAAUGGAAGGAAUGACAUGAUCAUCUUCUUAAUCAUCAACUUAAUUAUUACUAUUAAUUAAUCUUUAUUAACAACUCAGCAAAUUAUUCAAAACACAAAUUGUAUUUCUGCAAAUCAAUAAAUCAUUGUUAAACAGCA